CGAGCACUUCCAGUCUCUCCAGACACCCACCACCACCACCACCACCACCCCGCCAAUCAUGUCCGCCAAGGCAGCGCGCUCCAGCAUGGGCCUCUUCAAGCUCUGGACCACGGACAGCGGCACCUUCCCGGUCGUCAUCAUCUGCAGCUUCGCCGCCGUGGCCGCGGGCGCCUCGGCCAGCCGCUACCUGCUGCACAACCCGGACGUGUGCUUCGACAAGAGCAAACGCAACAGCUCCAUGCACUACCAGACCGAGGACGGCGCGGGCUGGCGCGCGCGUCGCUUCCGCUUCGCCAACAUCCACCGCAACGCCAUCAACCAGUCGCGCCAGUUCGACCCGGCCUUCGCCAAGGAGGAGAACAAGAACGUCUCCAGAUAAGCGUUGUUGCAGCGAGGACUAUCUACAGUCAGCCAGUCUGUCGAUAACUGAGGCGGGUGCUGUUGUUCGGCGCUCGCUUCUGUAAACAUGUACUAUUUUGCGAGUUAUCU